UGACCAGCAGAUGCAGGAUGAUCAGAUGAACAGUAACAGUAAAACCAUCAGGACGUUUUACAGUCAAGCACAUUUCUCCAGGAGAUCAGAAAACUUCCUGCUGCUGAAAAGACUAUGAAGAUGCUCCAAUGGGGCACCUCUUUAGCCUGCUAGCGCGGCUCCGCUGAGGUUGAGAAUCAGUGAGGACAGCAGUGCGGUUGACUGCUACCACCGUCGUGGGAGGUCCAAACGCUGCUCUCCCACCUUUCUGGGGUUUAAACUUUUCAACAACACUGCAUCACCUGGGAUAAAAGGAAUGGGUUUCCUGGGAGGAGAAAUAACUGUUCACAAUAAGACUCCAUACAAAUGGACUGUCUGCACUGAGUCUAAGGAGCCGUGGCCUUUGUCCGACAAAUACUGGACAUUCACAGUUGGAGGCUAUGAAAAAAAAGUUAAACGCUCCAUUGUUCCCGUCACCAUGAUCAGAACGUUCUACAUCAAUGUGAAGUAUGGCGAGUGCUCAGAGACAGACUGUUACAAAAAUCCACAUUUACAGUACAUGUUUAAUCCAAAAGAUGACCCAUGUUUCACAAUUCGAGACAGUGGAGACCACCAAAAAAUAUAUUUGGAUUGCAACAUAAAUUAUGAGAAGAAGAAAUCAUCAUGCCCGAAUUAUGGGAAAAUUGAAGAUGAUGCACGAGAGGAAGAGGAAAAUCGUAGACGAGAUGAAGAGCAGCGGCGUCAGGCCCAGCUUGAACAUGAAAGAAGAAUUGAGGAACAGAUUAGAAGGGAAAGUGAGCUCGCCGCUAAGAAGCUUGAACAAGCCACAGAGACACUGAAGCAGAAGCUGAGAGGCCAUGAGUUCCACCACCAAACUCAUAUAAUGCAACAGACAGUAAACACUGAAAUUGAAAGAGAUGAGGAUGCAGAGGUAGAGAAGAAAUUCAUGGGACGCUUGAUUGAAUAUCAAAUCCUUCAGGAUGAAGAUUCAGAGGAGACAUUAGCAGAGAGAAUGAAAACUCUGCAAAAUGAGUUAAUGGUGGAGUACUGUAAGAAACACAACCUGACCAGUAGCUGUGUGUUUUCUUUUGACACUGCAGUUGGUUAUGAGACUCUGCCUCUACAUGAUAGACUGACAGUACUUGAGGCAGUAAUGCAUUUAGUUUUUGAGGAGAAUGAGGAUGACCACACACACAAAUGUGACCGGGACUUCCUCUUGGAUGUGCUCGAACAACUGCAAGAUGAUCAUCCAUCACUUGCGUUUAAUCUUUUACAGAGCCUUCUUCAAACUGAUAUGCAACUGUCUGCACAGAGUAAAGAAAUUCUGUGUCAGAUUGCAUUCAACAACACAUGGAAACUGGCAGAAAUAACAGAUUUCAUGCGUUACAUUUUCGGGAAAGAUAAAGAACAAGUGCAGUCAAUACUUCACAUUGCACAGACCUACAAGCUGGAAUAUAGGGAUGUCUUUACUGCUUUGGAGUCACCUGAUCCCCUCGAAUGGCUGAAAGGGCAUGUUGACAAAGAGAGACACAAAAAUGCUCUUACUAUUAUUAGUGAAAUGCGCAAAGCAAACUACCCUGAGAAUGUCCUGAUAAUACUCGAGGAUGUUCUGUGGUAUCUGGAAAUGGAGCUUCCAAAACACAAAACAACUGAUCUCAGUGAAAAAGAAAUCCAGAAUGUAAAGAAAAUGGUUAAAGAACUGGAUUUUAACAACCCAGACAGACACGUUCUGAAAAGUGUACUACUGGGAAUGUCAGUCGCAGUAAAAAUAUGCUCUGCUGUCACUAUUCAAAGGAGUAAAAAGGAAAUAGUCAUUGAAGGAUAUCUUCCCAGAUUAACUCAACUUGCAACCUUGGUAGUUUUCCUGCUUCCAAAAUCAAAAACUAAUACAGGUUGUCUCCUGGAAAUUGGGACAGGUGAAGGGAAAUCUUGUAUCUUAGCCAUGCUUGCUGCAAUCCAUGCCAUUCGUGGUGUAAAGGUGGACAUUGUGACGAGCUCCCCGGUCCUCGCCUGUCGUGAUUUAGAGGAAUGGAGCGGACUGUACAACAUGUUUGGCAUAACGUCAUCUGCCGUUCCUCCAAUGCUGAAUGAUGUCUCAUCUGAAAAACUAGAAGAACUGACUCAGGAAGCGUACAAACAACAAAUAAUUUACAGUACUAUUGGGACUUUUGCAGCAGAUACACUGAAACAAGAGUUUGAGAAGAAAACAACUCGAGGAGACAGGAGGUUUGAGUUGGUCCUUGUGGACGAGGUUGACUACAUGACCUUGGAUAAUGGAGUUCAAAUAACAUUUCUGUCCCAUGAGUCCAGUGGCCUCCAGCAUUUGGAGCAAGUCCUUGCAGGAAUCUGGGCCAUGGUAUCUGCAUGUCGACCAAUUGAGGUAGAAGAAACUGGAGAGACCAUGUGGGCAACAAGAGUCCAGAAUUUUCACACAGCUGCACUAAUAGCAAUAAUUGGUUCAGAAAAAACAGCUACAUUUUCACCACUGGAAAUUUUGUUGCCAGGCACCGAAUUAGGCUUUUACUCAGAGGAAGAUUUUGAAAAUUUGCAGGCCUCUAUUAAUGACAAAGGAGAAAAGCAACAUGUUGCUAUGGAAAAUAAGGCAUGGAAGACCAUCAUGGCCAAAACUGGAAUAGAACAACAGUAUGACCUGCUCAGUGUUCUUGAGAUGGGGAUGGAGCACAAGGUGGCAUUUAACUGUUAUGGAUAUCAGUCAGAAACUAGAAAAGCCAUUCGGUUUGGAGAGCAAAAGACAAAAACUGACCAAAACAUCAACAUGCUGCUACUUGAGAAUGGAAAAGCUUGUGAGAUCCUGUCUGAAAAUUUGCUUGUUGAAGCCACCAUUUGCAAGUUGAAAUCCAAGAUUAAAUAUUCUAAACAAUGCAGUUCAAAAGAAGAAAAAGACACCAUUGUAGUCCCUUCUUUCUUAGAGAAAUACCUGGAAAAUCAGCUGCCAGUGUUUGUUGAGAAUGCACUGAAGGCCAUUCAGAUGACCAAAGGCAGAGAGUACAUGAUCGAGAGAUCUCUUAGUGCUCAGGGAAUAGAUGUUAGUGAAGAAGAUCAACACAUGUACCAUGCAAUAAUUCCAGUGGACUUUCAGGCCAGUGGAAUGUUGGAGAAAAGAAAACGGUGGGGUGAUGGACUACAACAAUUUCUGGAGAUGAAGCAUCAGUUAACUUUAUCGCCAUUAUCAAAUGUGACAAACUACAUGUCAAAUUCAAAUUUCUUUAAAAGAUAUCUCAGUGGGAAAGGAAUAUUUGGUGUUUCUGGAACACUGGGGGGAGAUGCAGACAAGGGUUUCCUGGCAAGGCAUUACAAAACGGACAGCUACGUCAUACCGGCUCAUCAGCAUCAAAAGGUUACUGAGCUUCCUGCAGUCCAGGUGAGGGGAGGUACCGAACAAUGGAUCCAAACUCUUUGUGCCACGGUCUCAAAAGUCUCUAACAGAGGACAGGUGGUGUUAGUCGUGUGUGAGGACGUCAACACAGCAAAUGAGUUCAAUGACAAAAUUACAGCAGAAACCAAACAUUCAGUCACCAAGUACACGAUGAGCGAGAGCCACAACAUUGAGAACCAGGAGUUCAACAAGGGACAGAUCAUUAUUACCACUAACCUUGGAGGCCGUGGAACAGACAUUAAGGUUACAGAAGAGGUUAAUCGCUGCGGUGGUCUCUUUGUGUUACUCACGUACUUUCCCAAUAACCGAAGAGUCGAGAAACAGGUUUUUGGACGAACAGGUCGAAAAGGCACACCAGGAAUGGUCCAGCUAAUACUGAACCAUGAUCGUCUAGCCAUGGCCUACCGAGGCCAUUCUAUCGAAGUCAUGAGGGAACUCAGAGAAGAGUAUGAGGUUAAUCGAAUAAAAGACAUGGAGAAGGAGAAACUAGCUGAAAUUGAAAUGAAGGAAGAGCUGUUCUCCACAUUUUGUCGGUUCCUUAGUGACUUUGACAAGCAUUACAAUACAGAAGAGAAGACAGACCUCUUUGAAGUGAAAGUAAAAGAUGUCCCUCGUUACUUUGAGUCCUUUCACAGUAAGGUGGACUAUCACCCAGCACUGAAUGCUUUGAAGGAAUCAUGGGGUAUAUGGCUGAUACUUCACACAGAACAGAUUAACACACAGAAUUAUCUCACUGAAUUGAAAGUAAACCUCAUCCAUCACUUGCAUGAUACAAGUAACAAACUUUUACAAGGUCAGAGUGAAAACUUUUAUGAUCACAUCCAGCAGGCUUUAGGAAGAACUGCCUUGCACUUUCAAAACAAAAACGAAUGUGACUAUGGAGCAAAACCUUACUGGAAAAAGGCCUAUGACUCAGACAACUACUACAAAGCUGUUGCACUGUAUAACCAGGCCUACAUUACCAUUAACAUGGCCAAAGAGGGCUACAAAAGUGAGGCACGUUCCUUACUCGAGGAGGCAGAGAAGGCCAUAGAUGUUUACAUAUCAGAAACAAGCAACAUAAUGAGCUUCUGUUCCUUGUCAGUUACUCAAGAUUUUGAACCACACCACAGCGGCAGCUGUAACUUCCAAAUACAAAUGCAGGCAAGGAUGAACAUAUUUAACUCAUGGAAGCAAAAUAUCAAAAAAAUACUUGACAUGCUUGGACCAGGCAAAGGAGAGUUCAAAACUGUGGACUUGACACUUUACAGCUUAUCAGCUGAGGAGGAUUUUGUGUCUUCUAGUGAACUCAACCUCUUUCGUAAUUAUGGCCUUGCCAUUGUGUUUGAAGUGAAGAAAAAGCCCCAAUUCUCAUUUGAUGCCCUGAUUUGUUGUUUUCUUGGUCUGGUUCAGGUUGUAGCAGGAGUUCUGAUAUGUGGCCUGACAGCUGGUUCCAUGUCCUCAUUUGGUCUUGGUUUGAUCUCUGAAGGUGUGUCUGACAUGAUCAGUGGAGUCAUGGGUAUGAUAAAUGGCACGUUUGAUUGGGCAUCGUGGGCGAUAUCUAAGGCAAUUAGUAUAGGAAUUUCUUUAGCCUGUGGGGGAAUCAGUGUUCUCAAAAGAUCAUUCUCCUCCGUGAAAAAUGCUGCAAGUAAUAUCUUCAAUGGCACCAAAUCCCUAAAAAGUGUUGCAAGUAGUGCCGUCCGAUCAGGAAAAAAACUGUUCAUUUCAUCGUGUAAAUCAGCCAAAUCACUGGUAUCAUCAAUAAGUGUAAAGAACAUCACACUGAAUGUAGGCAAAGUGAAUUUAAAACAUGCAUGUAAUUAUGCUGUUCAGGAAUUGGCAAUUCAAGGGGUAAACAUUGCUCUGAAUGCAGGCAUCGAUGCUGCUGUCCAAAAGACCUUCCAACAAGGAUUUCGACAUACUUUCAAGAAAUCUAUCUGUUCGGCAUUACACCAAAAUAAACAGUUUGUCCGAGUGCUCACAGAUUUCAUUAGCUUACACAUUCCAAAGGCCGCCUUGGAGAAAAGAUCUGGUUCUUAUAGGAUUAGCAGAAACUUAGAGGAGGAAAUGAAGGAAUUUGUGGUUAGUAACACAGGUAAUGUUAUCAACAAUCUCAUGGUAAACUGUAAACAAAUACAUCAGGUGAUUAACACGCUCUCACAGGUGUGGGACAUAUCAGCAGAAUUUAUUGCACACAAACCUCAUGCCUGUAUCAAUACGCUUCUAACUACUGUAGACAUGUCCACCACCAUUUAUGAAAUGUAUUCCUCCAUUCCUACUAAAAAGACCAUUGACAAUAAUUUUGUUCCUGCAUUUUUGAAGUCCAUGGGUGAGGAACCAAUAAUUGAGAUAGAUGACAAAGAUGGAAGGGACAAACUGGAAGAUGUGGAACGUCUUAAAGAUGAACUCAUUGACUUAGUUUCAGAAUUUCUUUCCCAAACCAUGGUGGAGAGUUUUUCUGGUUUUGCCACAAUUUUAACAAAAACAUUCACUCAAAAACUGAACUCUGUUAGUGGAAAAGUAGUUGGUAAUUUGCUGGGAAGGCACGAAACCCAAAGUUUCUUUGUCAGUCAGCAGCAUCAUUAUGAUCUGGAAUCAGCCACUGAAUGCAAGGAAAGGUCUUUGACUGAAGAAGAACUAAAACUGGUCACAUGCUAUGCAAAAGAUAUAGCUGAUGAACAAAAGCCAGCAACAGCUUUAGAGAUUCAUGUCCUCACAAAGAGUAACUUGCUGGAAGGAAAAGGAAUUUGUAUAACUGUAGUAGAUGAACAAGGAAAACCUCUAACAGAGGAGACUUACCCAGGAACUGAUCCAGCAGCUGGUGCUAUCAAACUCGCACUGACGAAAACACCUCUGACUUCUCCAGAAGAAAGAGGAAUAUGGAGUAAACUUAAAGACAGGGUUACGGGUAAAGACACGCCACAGAGUGGCCACAUUGAUAUUAUACGCCCUGACGGCUCUCGGGAAACUGUCGACUCCUCAAAUCAGAACUGUCUUUUUCAUGCUGUCAUUCAAGCAACAACUAACGACCCAAAUGAUGUUUUGCAACAAAAAGCCACAGAACUCCGCAGCAAAGUCAGUGAGGAGAUUCUAGCUAAUCCAUAUAAAUAUGCUGAGGCUGUGAGGAUACAGAACAUGUUCAACCGGACAAACAUGUCCAAUAAAUUUAAAAUUGAAGCCGGACUAAGGGAAGGGGACAAGCAGAAAUAUGAAUGGUAUAUCAGAGACAAGACUCCAGUGGAAAUUACUAAUGACUACAAGUUGGGAGAAGUGGCAGAAUACGAGAGCCUUUUAGACAUGGAUAAACCCACUCCAGGAGUGGUGGAAGCAGACCACAUUCCACCAAAGAGUAGCUUAAAUGAACUCUGUACGCUCAUCAAAAGAAAUCCAGAAAUGGCAAAUUCGCUCAAAACAAACAACAAGGAAGCCUAUGAGUUAGUGAUGAGCAUGAAGAAUGACCAGAAUGGAAAAAUGCAGCUCUGCAUGAACACGCUGUACACGGAUCAUCGACGUGCACUGACUAGUGGCAACAGUUCUGAAUCCAGAGCAUGCAGACGUUUGCUGACAAACAGCUUAGCAAGUGGAGAUAUGGAGAAAGUGUUGAAGCUGUCAUUAAUACUGGCUCACCCAGAAUCCUCAGACAAAAUCCGGGAGAAUCUAGGUAUCCAACGUAAUUUUGAGACCCAGAAUUCAGGACUUACAAUGACUGACAGUAACAAAUACUACAAGGACGGAUUUAACAGUAUUGUACGUGAAUACAGCAGGAAGAAUCUGAUCGACCAAAACCAAACAGAUCGCCUGAAGGAGUGGGUGAAAGAGGAGAGAUAUUUGGACAUGUCUAAACCAGAGUAUAGAGAAAUAACAAGGGUUAUAGAAGAUAACAUUAACAUUGUAAACAGAAGAAACACAGACAGUGUGAGACCAAAUUCUCAGUGGGAUGAGCUGUAAUGUUCACAUCAUUGUUAACAUAAGUGCUUGACACUACAAAAGAAAAAGAAAACUUUAUUAACAUACAGGGGCAGAUUUAGUGAUUUCGGGGCCCUAGGCAAAAUAUAGGAAAGGGGCCCUCAUGUUAGUGUUUUAACAUCAAUAUUUAAAAUUUCAGCAUAAGUUAUUUAGCAUUAAUAAUUAAAAAUAGACCUAAUUUGCAUUUUAAUGGGGACCUUGGCUUCUGGGGACCCAAGGCAGUUGCCUACCUUUGCCUAGUGCUAAGUCCUCUGUUAACAAUAGAAAAAAAUCUGUUUAAAACUACCUUUACAAGUAAUGACAAUAUGUUAUCAUUAACUUUUUUCUUUUGAUAUAUAAAACUUUCUUUGUACAAGCUUUCAAAAUGCAUUUACCCAAGAGAGUCAGAGUGUCAGAGUUUCAUUCAGAUAUUCAGAGUGUCAUUCAGUCAUGCAUAGAGUUUAAUUAACCAGUAUGCUAUAAUAUGUAACAAUUUCAGACUGCUAGUGAUGUCUUUCUCAUUUUAUGUUGAUAAUAUACUCGCCAUGUGUAUGAUUAGUCUCUAAGCUCCUGCCUCCUCCUUUAUUGUGUGCAAAGGUGUUGCUGAGAUACAGCCUCACUUCCUGUUUGGCGGCUUUGCCGUUAGAUUUGUUGGCCCAUUACAGACAAACCAUUUGGAAUAUUCAAAAUUCUUUGAAUCAAAAUUCAAAAUAACUUUUGAAAGGCUUACUCUGAAUAUGAUGUAUACCAAAUUUGGUGAUGAUUGGACAACAUAUUUAGGAGAAAUAAUGAAAAAAUUUUAACAAAAUCCAAGAUGGUUGACAGGAAGUACACUUGAAUUUCAGAUGUUGGUGUGUGUUCACUUCUGCAUACUCCAGGGAAUUAUAGGAAAAAUGAAGUGUGAAUUUAUCACAAACUCUUCAAAUGAUAUAAGGAAAAAAAUGAAAGUUGUUGCAGUUCUUGACCAUAAGGUGAUGUAGUCACACAACUUGGGUCCAUUCAGGGCAUUGUCCUGAAGAUAAUUAUUAUGUUUCGUGAUGAUAAGUAGAUGCAUUGCUGAGAUACAUCCUCACAUCCUGUAUUUUGCAUUUGCCAGCACAUUAGAGGAGAACGGGUUUGAAUAUUAAUAUUCCUUUGAUAACUUUUGUUCAGACAGAUCUCAAGAUGAUGUGAGCUAAAUGUGGUGAAAAUUGGACAAAAUUUGGAGGAGUAGUAACAAAAAUGGCAGAUAGAUGUAAGCAUUUUUGGCAUGUUAUUGUAACUUUUGACCAGUAGGUGGCACUAUCAUGAACUUUGUUGCCUCAGGUCAUGGUCCUGAAGCUGCCUACCAAGUUUUGUGUCAGUGCACAAAGUCAUUGCUGAGAUACAGCCUCACUUCCUGUUUGGCGGCUUUGCCAUCAGAUUUUUUGGCCCCUUACGGGCAAACCCUUUGGACUAUUCAAAAUUCUUUUAAUAAUUUUUGUGAGGCUUACUGUGAAGAUGAUAGAUGCCAAAUUUGGGGAUGAUUGGACAAAAUUAGUAGGAGGACUAGAGAAAAAGCUGUUUUUGACAAAAUCCAAGAUGGUGGAAAAUCUAAUUAAGCGGAAAUUGACAUUAUAGUGCAUUGAACUCGACUUGACCCAGGACAUCCAGGAUGCCUGGAUUUUAAAUUUUGGACACAUGGUUCAAAAGUUAUGACCAUAAAUGUACUUCCAAAUUAGGCCCAAAUUUGAUCCGAUGGUGGUGCUAGAGCGAUGGCAGCUCACCUUCAGUGCUUGUCCCCCAAUUAAAAAAACAAAACAAAACAAAAAAAAAACACAGUUCCAGAAAGUGUCACUCAGCGAAGGUCCUCAGAGAAGAGUCAUAGAGAGAGAGUCAUUCAGAAAGAGUUAUUCAGAGAGGAGUUAUUUAGGAAGGAGUCAUAGAGUGAGAGAAAUGCACUUGAGAGAAGUUUACAUAAGAAAAUUACAUAAAAUUAAAUUAGUAUGUUUUAGAGAGAGGAGAGAGAGAGAGAGAGAGAGAGAGAGAGAGAGGUUCAGAGAUGGAUAGAGGAGAAAUGGAGCAGGUUUUCUGAUAUUUAGAUCACUACGGAAACACAUACCUUUUUAUAUUUUUAAAAAUUAGAAUAACAAGAUUAUUUACCUUUGACCAAAAUGUGACAUGUGAACUUAUGUAUCAUGUACGAGUGUAAACUUGAUAUCUUUAUCAUUCUACUUAAAUUAAAGUGCAUUUAAAACACACACUUGUUCACACUGGGUGUCCUAGUAAAGGCAGAGCAUGUCCACUAAGAUGAAGGUUGAUGAGGAACUGGAAGAGGUUCCAGGACUAUCUACUCAGUCAUGGGUCCAGGAUCACCAGCACUGACCUCUUGGAUCCCAGUAGGUGAGUGGGACUAUGGGUCACUGGGAACUUUGGGAACAGAAAACUUAACCUGUUACAAUGAUCUGUGUCAGUCAAGUGCAUCUUCAUCUGACAGAUGAAGUGCAUACAUAAUCCAAUGAUCUUAAACUUGCUAUUUUGUGAUGCAUUAUAAAGAUUAAUAUUUUUACAUAUUUGUUUCUCCAAAGCUAGUGUUGGUCUCCUGUGAUGCAUUUCUGCCAUCUAGUGGUUUGAAUGCCUAAAAAUUCCAACAGUUCAGAGCCACAUAGAGAGGAAUCCUUCAGCUAAAGAGAGAGAUGUUUAGAGAGAGUCCUUUAGAGAGGACAUUCAGAGACAUUUUUCAGAGAGCAAUCUUUGAGACAGAUGUCAUUAAGAGAGGAAUAGUACAGAGACAGUGAUUAGGAAAGAGUCAUUCAGAGAUAGUCAUCAGGAACAUAUAAUAUGUGUCUUGAAAUUGUCACAUACUACUAAGUUUUAAUAGUGAAAACUAGUUCACCUUGCUCAGUCCAUCUGUAAAGAAAAUGUCAACAGAAAUUUGACCACCCCUAAAAUGGGUCAUACUAUUGCGUGUCCAGUAGAAUAAAUGUGGGAAAUACCAUGCAACUGUGCAUGCAAUCGGCCCAAGCAAUGGAGAUACAUUGGAGACACUUUUUCUUGGAAAUGUCGUAAUGUAAAUAUAGUUGUAUCUCAAGCAUGAAUUUCCUGCACAGUUCAUAAGAAUGAAAUGUUUCUGGUGUCUAAACGAGUCUAGGUCAUAGGGUACUGCAGGUGAUGGGGCCUUUUCUUCCUCUGUCCCAAAACUGUGGAACUCACUGCCAUCUGAUCUUACAGAAGCCCAGUCUUUUAGUAUAUUUAAGUCUUCUCUUAAAACUUAUUUCUUUAUGUUUGCUUUUAAUUGAUUACUUUUUUGUCAUUUAAUUAUCGUUAUUACUAUUAUUGUAAUUAAUAAUUGAAUUCUUUUUUUAUUAUUAACUGUUUUUUGAUACGUUU